CAACAAGCAUGGUCCAGGACAAAGGAGAGCCCCGACGUCCUGAGCAAGAGCUAGAACGAGAGCAAGAGCGAGAGCAAGAGGACCAAUUAUGAGAAAGCAAGCGAGGCAGAAGGGCAGUAUAGGAUCGAGCGGACAUAGAAAGCGUCUGCACAGGCUCGAGUUCACCCUACCGAGGGGAAUGCCUACACACACCACACCUAAACGCAAACGCUGCUGGGGUCGUCCCUCGAGCUGCAGACUUUGUGCGAUCCUGCAGACCAGUUCCUCGUGCCGACCCAGCCGAUGCAGAGCUUGCGCUCCCCAAUUGUUCCCCGCAGGCAGUUCUCUAGGAAUUAUUUUGCCCUCGAGGGCUAGAGGAUCAGAGGACUACUAGAUGAGAAAACAUCCCUGUGCAUUUGCAUUUCGCUCCUCGUCGUCCGGUG